GCCGGCACAUGCAUCCCCGGCCCCUUGUAUCGGCCUCCCUGGCUCCUCACUACGUUCCAGUCUCGUCCCAUCAUGAGACGCAGUUUACAGAUUGGGAUUCCCGGAUAUUUGUGUUACUGAUUUCCAUCUAAGCAAACACGACCCGCACGUCCCGGGCCCCCAGGUUCAGAGAUUAUAAUAUACUCUAGAUAAUUAUCCGUAAACAUAGGACAUGUCGCAGAUCCUGCCGGGUGUCACAUUAUACGGGAAGUGACAGUCACCAGCGCUUGAUACAUUGUCUCGGUGCGAAGGCCACUUGUGUCACCCUUGUAGUGCUGCCGGUGAUGAAUAAUGUCUCUGAGCUGGACAACUGCGAUGCACAUACCCCUCCGCGAUCACGGAUGUUGCUCCUGGUGGGUUACAGCCUCUUGAUGCCCCUCGGGGUCAUACUAAACGGGGUAUCCCUAGUGGUGUUCCUGCGGUGGCUGCGACCCCUCACCGUUGUCAGCACCUUCCUCUGUAACCUGGCGCUCAGCGACCUCCUCUUCUCCCUCUCGCUGCCCCUAAGGAUCUACUACUAUGCCAACAACCACUGGCCGUUUGGGACGUUCCUCUGCCGACUCUCUGGAUCCAUCUUCCACAUCAACAUGUAUGGCAGCUGCCUGUUCCUCUUCUGCAUAAACGUAGACCGAUACUUGGCCAUCGUCCACCCUCUACGUUUCCGUCACCUGCGCCGGCGCAAAGUGGCCCGUCUGACCUGUCUAUGCGUCUGGUUGAUCAUCGUGAGCGGGUCAGUACCCGCCGCCCUCGUACAUAACUCCAAAGACUGCAUGGACGGGGAUGAGAGGGUGCCACGCUGCUUCGAGGGGCUGAGCAGCUGGAAUACCUACCUGCUCCCAUUGCUGUUUGUUGCUGAAGUCAUCGGAUUCCUUUUGCCCCUUGGGGCAGUUCUCUACGGCUCCUGCCACGUCUUCUGGGAACUAUGCCGGGCAUCUGAAGGGGGAGCGCGUAGACAUAAGGUGACCAUUCGAUUGCUCACCCUUAACCUCAUCAUCUUCCUUUUUUGCUUCGUCCCCUAUAACGCAACACUGGUGGCCUAUGGUCUCCUCCGAGCAGAACUCGUCCCUGACUGGUGGGACUCCAAACCUAUCUUGAAGAGAAUUCUUUCAGUCACCGUUCUUCUGGCAAGUACCAACUGUGCCCUGGACCCCUUGGUCUAUUACUUCAGCACUGAAGGUUUCCGUAACACGCUAAGUCAAAUCGUAAGGAGCAGUCGGGACUUGAGUAGAAAUGGAAGAACCUCCAAGAACGUCCAGAACAAGGAGACCAAAAGCUUGGCUGUCAAUACAACCUCCAAGAAAGAGUCCGAGAAGAACGAGGAGCAAGACAACUUGCUCCAUGUUAGAACUGGUCACGUCAAUGGGAAAGAGAGGAAAAAGAUGAUUGAGGAAUCUGAGAUUUGAGUCCUAUUCAGAAGGAACUCUUGGAUACUUGAACUCCUUGAACAGUAGCUGGAAGGACUUUACCAAAAAUGUCAAGACUUGUUGAAGAUUUGUGGUUAUCUUCAAGUGUUUAUUGAAGGGUUUGUCCAGGAUUAGAAAAGCAUGGUUGCCUUCGUCCAAAAACAGCACCACCUCCGUCCAUUGGCUAUGUAUGGUAUUGCAGCUCUGCUCCAUUAAAGUGAAUGGGAUUCAGCUGCAUUACCACGUCCAACCUGGGACAGGGGUGGCGCUGUUUUUGAAAGAAAGUAACUGGGUUUUUCUAAUUCUGGACAUCCCCUUUAAAUUUGUGACCUUGCUGAUACAGAGGACAGAAAUUUAGCGCCACCCCUGUCCACAGGUUGUAUGUGGUAUUGUGAACGGGUCUGAGCCGCAAUACCGCAUACAACCUGGGAAAGGAGUGGCGCUGUUUUUGAAAGAAAGAAGCCAUGUUUUUCGAAUUCCGGACAAUCCCUUUAAAAUUGUAACCUUUUUGAUACAGACGACCGAAGUUUAGUCAGUACAAACACAAGUUUACACACUGAUGUCAGUGACGUGUCGGUUAUGCACACCUAUUACAUAGACACGUCAGAACACGGCAUAGGGAGGGGCCUGUGAGUCACGGACCGGCCUAUUUCCAGAACGAAGACGCUGUACCCUUCUAUAGGAUGCGCUAAUUUGUCCACUUUCAUCUUGUAAGGGUUUGAAUUUGGCAACCGCAGAAGCAGUAGGCGGGGCUUAGAAGGCUGGGCAUGAGACAGGAGACGCCAAAGAGAGAAUCUCGGUGUCAUGCUCCGCCCCCUGCACAAUGUAUCACUUUUGCCCACAGUGUUCCUUUAAUUUACCAUUGGCAAUGUACUAUAUAUGCAGGGAUUCUGUACAGAUUUAUCUAUCUGGAAACCAUCAACAAGUAGGUUUCCAAUGGGAUGGGCCUCAUUUACUAAACACUGACAUUCCAUACGUCAGUCUUAGGAAAAAAAAGAUGCAACUAAUUUAUUCGGAGGCGCAUGUCUCUUAAUAAAUUGAGGUCCGUGAGGUACAAACUGAAACCAGCAACAAGCUGGCAAUGGUUUCAACUGUAAUUUGCACAAUUUUCUGGCGUAAAUUCUAUGAAACGUGUUCCGCUAUCCCCCACCAAUUUUUUUUUAAAGUGGCGAGAGCGGCGUAAAACU